AUGGCGGAGUUCCCGCCACUUGCUCCGGUACCGUCCCCCGCAGUGCGGAGGACUAUCCCAUCUGAGGACUGGGAUGCUUGUUUGGAUGCAUGGGUAAUGCUCUUGAGUAUUAGGUUGAUUGCAGAUGACCAGAAAUUUGAAGUUGCUGCUGCGGAAGACGCGUCAAUUGCUUCUUUCUUGGAAUCUUUCUAUCAACAUGCCUCGGCGGGCGAUCAGGGUCUACACCAUGGACCUAAAGCUCGAAAGAUUAGGAAAUUAUGUUUUCUCGCGACAAGACGAUAUAUGUUGACCAAGUCAAAUUCCAACGCGGAGCUCUUCAGCUGGACACUACUGGGGAAUAUGUGUUCCUGUUAUCCGUCAAGCGUGGCAUUGAAGACGUCAUUAUCAGAAGUAUGGGAUCUGCAUCAUGAAAAGAUAUUGUCAAGCAUUGAAAAAGCAAAGUCAUUUAUUAUGGGCCGAUUUUCAUCGCCAAAUUCAUUAACAUCACCUGGAGUCAUUGGUGAUAUUCGACGUCUGACCAUCUUAGCUUCAGUGCUUCCACCUUGCGGCCAUGCUCUUAUGGCAGGCUCUGAUUAUCUGGAUACAUUAGCAGAAGGCUACCAGUCACCCAAGGUUCGAGAUGAACUCCGAAGGAUGCUCGUCGCCAAUGUUUACCUUGGCUUAAUUUCUCUUCUGAAAGAACCAUCAACAAACCUAUCAUUGUUAUUGGAUCAAUUAUUCAGCCUCAAGGCAGCCGCAGGAUUGGGAACACCAAGAAUGAAGAACGAAGCUACAAUACUUUCCGAUCUUAUCUGCAGCACUGAUAUACUGCAAAGACUCGAAAAAUACCUACAAAGUCAUCCUCAAAAACGAGGAGAAGACCUCCUUGCCAGUCUGCGACUCUACCAGCUCGAAUCAAAGCAUUUCCACCGCCGCUACCAAAGGAAAAAGAAACUCGACAAAGGCAAAGAACCAUCGUCCGGUCUCGAAAUUCCAGACGAGCUCCACACACACAAAAUGUCUCUGGUCUCUCAAGUCCAAGAUCUUUUCCCGGACCUCGGUUCCGCAUUCGUCGUCCGCCUCUUAGACGCCUUCAACGACAGCCCAGAAACAGUAAUAGCACACCUUUUAGACAACUCAUUAUCACCGGAACUUCAAAGUCUAGAUCGUUCCGAACAACUUCCACCCCCGGCAGAACCUUUUCACGACCUCGCCCCACGCCCAACACCACCCGCAAUCCACUCGCCACAGACUUUCACUUCCAUCCCGACACGCAAGAACGUAUUCGACGAAGACGUCGACAUCGCCGAGCUCAGCCUCUCAGAAAAUGCAAAGGGCAAAUUACGCUUCGGCCGCGCAGACGAAGAUCUCACAGCCGACGAAGUCCUAGCAGAUCGCAGCCAACACGCAACUAAUAAGGCUGCCAUUCUUUCUGCCCUGGCAGCAUUUGACUCAGACGACGACGAACGCGAUGAUACCUACGACGCUGCAGAUGUCGGUGGUACAGUUGAUGCUACAGCGGAUACAGAUGCGGACACCGAAUCUCGAAACCAGCGUGCUGCAGCGGAGAACCUUGACAUGGUGCUCUUCCGUGCUUACAAGUCUAAUCCUGCGAUCUUUGCCCGGGAUGCUGGAACUCGUCGCUCACAGCCCCGUGCUCAGCUCAAGCGAGAGACUAAUAUGAUAGAUGAGGCUAUUGAAGGAUGGGCUGUUAUGCUUACGCGGGAUCCAAAACGUCUCGCUAAACUUGAAGAUCGACUUGCUGUUGAUGCUGAUGGUUCUGGAGGUUCGUUGAAUCAACCUUCGCUCGCAUCUACUUCUUAUCGGAAGCCGCGCGCUGGGGAUGAUGAUGAUUCUGAGGGCGAGUCGUCUGGUGGUCCUGCUAUGCGGGGAGGAAGAGGGAGGGGACGAGGUGGAGCUGGAGCAGGACGCGGCCGUGGUGGGAGAGGUGGUCGUGGAGGUGGAGCUGGAGGCGGAGCUCCAUCUGGGGAGCAGGGACAGAGUAAUCCUGCGGCGAAUAGGAGGAAGGAAGAGAAUAAAGCUAGUCGGGCUAACCAUAAUCGUCGACAACAGCGGGCGAAAAAAAUUGCGCGCGGAGGUGGACUACCUGGUUAA